AUGACUCGCUACCUACGGGUUGCUGCGAGGCAGCCGAGAACUCUUACGAUUCUCAUCUCUGAUCACGGCCUCCACUACGGCAAGUACAACUCAUACGAGGCGACGGUGGAGCAGUACAACCCGUUUCUGUUCCUUGUCGUGCCUGAACAUGUGCAACGCAUACUCGGGCCAGCGAUGCUAGAGGCUCUGGAGACGAACCAGCAUCGACUUGUCUCACACAGGGAUCUCCAUUACCUGCUGACGGCUCUGCCUGCCAUUAUGACGGACGGAAAAGUAAACAGCGAUGAACUGGGCCUGCUAAGUCCAGUCCCGCUCAACAGGAGCUGUGAGGAUUUACCACUAGCACAGGGUGCCACGUGUAUCUGUGAAGGUGCGGAACAACCCAUGGUGAACGACAGCGGCCAUCAGAUUUUUGCAGAAUUUGCUAUUGGAGAAUUCAACAACAGACUCUCCAGGCAAUACACAACUCGUUUUCCUCAAGCUUCGUCAGGAUUCGGUCGCUGCGAACGACUUGUUCCACAUCAGUUCCACACCGUCAUUACAGCGAAAGCACAAGAUGGCACCCUCAAGAUACGCAUGAUAAUACUUGCCAGUGUUACGGGUGCAGGAAUUAAGAAUUCUCCGUUACAAGAAUUCUCAGUUACCAUUGGCUAUAGUCCACACAGGUCCGCAGCUAUAAGACUAGAAGCGUUGCAGCGCAUCAAUAUAUACGCGGACUUCCUUAACUGCGCCAUCACAGAUGGUGUCGACCAAGAGCUGUGUGCCUGUAAUCUCAAACGGCCAUUCCCAGACUUCACAGCCAUUAAAUUAAUUAGUCAAGGAAAAUACGUGAAUGUCUUUGGCAAACCAUCUCAAAUUCGCACAGAAAUCAUACGGGAGUCAAGAGACAAAUUCGGGAAAUCUGGGCGUGUUGAAAUAGCGAUCAUCAAACGUAACGUCGGCCAUGCAAGGGUUGUGUACGAG